AUGUCCCUCUCCACAAUCGACUCUCGCUCUCUCAGGAAAUCCAUGGCUUCGAGAAACGACUCUUCCUCCCGCCUCACCCUCUCCGCACUGGCGCUGGCAGCCACGAUACUCACCAUCGUCACUGCUGUGUUCUCCGCGCUAACGGCUUCCUCCCUUUUCCUUGCCUCGCUAUCGUUCCGUGCGUUGGCGAUAAUAUCUGUUCUUCUCAACAUCGCUGCCCUUGCAGCCUUAGUGCUAUUCUUAAUACAGGUGGUGUGGAGGGGCGAUGAGCGGUGGUACAGCUCGGCAAAGAGCCGAAUGGUCCUUUUGUCUCUUUACUCGGUUCCCCUCUUCUUCGCCAGCCUCUUCACUGUCGUUACGUACGGCCUGACGCAGUCUCACUUCGACGAUGUCAGGGCAAAGGACUCCGGUGCCUCGAGCGACUUCAUGGCAGCCAAAUUCGCGGUAUGGGCUCUCUCCACAUUGACUCAGGCCAUCUUCAUCUUCACCACGACACGAUGGCUGCCUCUGUCCUCGGAUAUGAGCCUGAGCCGCUCGCCAACCGAGAAUAGGGGUCAGGAGGUGCGUGACCAAGCACCGCCAAUGAUGCUCGAGCUCAAGGGAGAAAGGACGACCGGAGAUCUCGCCUCCCCGACGUUCUCGAGCGAUACGCUUCACUCGUCUCGCAACUCUUGGAGGUCCUCUCUGCAGCAGGUCGUUCGACCCAUCACGUCACGCACGCGUCUCCUGUCGAGAACCUCGUCCCUCCGCAAGUCCGGAAGCUUCUACUCUGGCAACACCACGCGCACAAACUCCCUCGCCCCCUCGGAUGGCUUCGAGAGCUGGGACACGUCCAACGUCGACCAGCAGGCGCGCGACAUCGCAACACAGUCGGCGGCAGCAUCAGACAUCCAGCAAGACCUGCUCCGCGUCUUCGGCCCCGGCCGCGGCGGCACCCGCCUCGACCCCAUUCCGGGCAGCCGCCCCGUCUCUCCCGCCCGCGCCCUGGACGGCCCCUUCCCUCCCCAGUCCAACCACCCGUCGGUCCUCACCCUCGACCUCGACGACCUGCCCGCGCCACAACCGGCCUUCAUGGCCGGCAGCCCGCACAACUCGCGGCCCAGCACGCCGACGUCGAUGACGAGCGUGACGGCGGGCAUUGACGAUUCGAACGUCCACCCGCUCUUCCGCUCCGACAGCCCGCACCCGCCGCCUGCGGCGUCGCCCGGCACCGUCGUCGUCGCGUCGCCGUACAGCGGCCAGGUCAUCGCCCACCCGUCGCGCUCGCGCGCCAACAGCCGCACUCGCGCCGGCAGCACUACGCCCUACUCCCCCUUCAACAACGACGGCCAGCAGAGCAUCCGCAGCAACGUGUCGAUGCGCAGUCUGCGUAGCCCGAGCCCGCCUGCCCGCGAGACGACCCCGCCUGUACCCGAGUUUAUCUUUAGUAAUGGCGAUAGUCCGAGGGUUAGCUUGGCGAGUUUGAGGAAGGUUAGUUUGAAUAAGGAGUAA